AUGAGACGGCGAGAGUUCGCCCAAAUCGCUUUCGUUGCGGCUAAAGUCCGAGUCCGUGUAUCGUUGUUCUUGCCACCUGAAUAGGUGAGGAGGCCAGAGGAAUUCCCGAUCUGGGAGACCCACGAAGUUGCGGUUCCAUCCACAAAAACACAUGAGCGCGAUGUCAACCAAUCUCAAGGCGCCACCUUUCUCAAUCACAUCGUCACUGGCUCUCGGGGUCGCAGCUGGAGCAUCGGCGAAUCAUGUCAAUCUCGUGGGUGACCGAAUCGAUGUACCUCUCAGAUGUUUCAUCGCGCACACCGCAGGUGUCUUCAGAGCUUUCAAAGCAUCUCUGCAGGAGAAGCAAGACAGACGUCGACUCAUCCCCAAAGUAUCGAAAUUGUACCGUUCAGCCAUGGCUCAGCUGAAUGAAUCGAAUUCACAACUUCCUGUCUUCCGAUUGGUCGAGAGUGUUUGGCAUCUCUGCGAGAUUCUCGUCAUCGAGCCGCAGCCUUCGGGAGUUCUCAUCCAGCAACUCCAACAAUGGACCGCCCUCUUGACGUCGUCGACUGCAGAAAGACUAUCGGACUUGACGGAUACGCUUGCCCAAGACGAGGAAAAGUUUUGGGACACUUUUUUCAUCUUGAUCAGUCAUGGACAAAUCGAAGAUGCCUGCAUCAUACUCCGGCGGCAUCCUCACUGGCCGAGAGAAGAUUUCACCUUGAUGGCGAAAAUCCUCGAGAGCAUUCCCGUAAUGGGUGACAGCGCUCAAAUACCUUUGCAGUUCCUUGAACAAUGGAAAGUGUGGCAGGACACCGUGAAACAAGUUGCUGCGGAGGCUCGCUUCGGCUUGGACACACCUUUCCACUCGGCAUGUCUGCUAUUGACCGGGAACGCAGCGGAAUUCGAGAGGAAGAAGCAUAUUUUCGAUUCCUGGUUCCACUUCGCCAUUGCCAAAGCUGCCUAUGCUCAGCCCUUAGUCGGGGUUUCCGAUUUGGCUAAACUCGCCGAUCAGACUCUGAGCUCGAGCGGCUUCAUAAGCUCGGAUCCCUUGAGUCAAUUGGUGCUAGCUCUGUUCAAAUUGGACUUGCAAAGCUUUUUAAGACAGCUGGCGGAUCUCGAUGACUUCUGGUGGACCGGAGCUCACUUGCUGGACCUCCUCGUCAACAGCGCCGAUCUGCAGACCUACAACAUCGUCAACGUGGAAGCACUGCAUGAACAGUUUCUGAAGGACUACGCCCUGUUGCUCUUGUCUCAACGCUCUUUGUGGGAGACUGCUCUCCUCUACCUAAGCAACUGUCAAUGCUGUAAACAGAACAAAGCCAUCCUGACCGAAGCCCUCAUCAGCCUUUACUGCCCGACGCAACAAAAAGCAUUGAAAGUAGUCGCCAUCGCGGAGAAGCUAGGAUUGCCCGAGGCAGCAGCGUCGAUAUAUCGUAUGCAGAGCAUGAAAUGGAUAAAGGAGGGGAAACUUGAUACUGCGUUGACUUGGGCGAUUCGAUCUCGGAAUUCACCUCUCGUUUCGAGGGUGUCGGAAUUGAUUCUGGCCGAGUUCUUGGAAACUGGUCGCAUAAGGAGCGAAGACCAACUCAAAUCCCUCGGUCAGGAGAUGCUCGUCAGCGAGCGUUUGAGUUUUCUCGCGAAGUACAGUGAGUUCCACAGAGUUCGAGAAUCGGACCCGCAACAGGCUUGCGACCUCCUUCUCUUUCUCGUGGACUCGCAGUGGUCGCCAGGGUUUUUCCUCAGCCAGUUGUUGAGAGACGCCGUCGAGCUUCUUGAACGCGACGAGACUAGGGUCAAGAACGUGGCUCAUCUCCAGAGACUCAUGUCGUGCCUCCAGCGCGUGCUCAAGGAACGUCCGGCCGAAGUGAAGAAACCUGUCCUGGAUCGACUCAACUUCGCCGCGAGCAAAAAGAUGGCGCAGUCACUACUGGGCCUCAUGCAAACGACCAACCAACAUCUUCUAUUCUAGAGACUUCGCUCAAGUUUGUAUAAUUCUAUCAAUUUCAAUACU